AUGCUGCGAGUCCUUUACCUCUGUUUCUACAACCUGUUCGGCCUCUGCGGGUGGGCCAUGAUUCUGUUCCAGGUCGUGUCGAUCCUUCUGGAAGGCCGGGUGACGAACCUCUGGAAGGAGCUGGAGGGUACGGUGAAGCUGGUUCAAGGAGCAGCGGUCCUCGAGAUUAUGCACUCCCUCCUUGGCCUCGUGCGCAGUCCUGUCUCGCGAACUUUCGUUCAGGUUACGUCCAGGCUGCUGACUGUCUGGGCCUCGAUGGACCCUCUGUACACUUACCCCUACACUCCAUUCCCCAAGGGCAAGGGAUGCAACUACUCUAUCGACGUGGUGGAGUGCAGCGAGGAAUGGAACUACUACAUCGGAGCAAUGACGCUGAUUGCCUGGAGUUUUGCUGAGAUCAUUAGAUACUCUUUCUAUGGAAUCAACACGGUCUCGCCAAAGAGCGUGCCCUUCGUGCUUGUCUGGUUUCGCUACUCCGGCUUCAUCAUCUUGUACCCCGUUGGAGUUGCGGGAGAGAUGCUCUGUGCGUACAUGACGCUCCCGCUGCUCCAGAAAGGCAUGUGCCCUCGCUUCGAAGGAUUCCUGCAAACAUGCCCAUCGUACAGCGUUACUCUCCUCUACGUCUUCCUUGCCAACUAUGUGAGCUGCGAGGACAAGGCCUGCAGUGCUGUAGAGGAUGGGGUGUGGGGUCUGCCAUGGCUGUACACGACGAUGUUGGGAGAGAGAAAGAAGAGGCUUUAUCCCAAGCCAGCUCCGAAGUUGCAGGGAGUUGUGUUUCCUGUUAGCAAGAAUGGCGAGAGGAGCACAACCAAUGCCGCCAAAGAAAUCUUCGCCAUGGCCAUGGAGUCUACUGAUGCGAAGAUGGCGGAUAAGGUGAAGAAGGAGAAGAACUGGAGGUUCGGAUACACCAAGCACAUCCUGAACAACCUUGUUGUCUCAGCCAAGUCACAGAAGCAUCAGAAGCUAACGAAAGUUUUGCAAGGCGAUCGAGAUUGCUGA